AUGUGCAUAUCACAGUCGACGAGCGACUCCAACGCGCAACCAGUGCAGGGGGCGGCGAAUGUGGCGACCGCAUUCGGACCGAGUCGCGUGGUCGAUAGAAUGUUCCCAGACAUGGGCGUCAUGUCUUCCGACCAGGUUAUCUUCUAUGUCCAUCGUCAACAUCUCUCUCGCGUCUCUACCAAUGGCUUCGCUGGCUUGCUAUCCAGCCUUGCAACUUCGUUGUUCCUGGAAGAACGUGCAUCUGUGCUCAACAUCGCCUUUCACAUCAUGUACGGUAUGCCAUGCGCUCAUUACAGCCCUCCGCUAGUUGAGAUCGAAGCUGCGCUCGACGCCCUCGUGAGGUACGGAGUCAACCCCUAUUUCUACGCUUCCCCCCUCCUUCCUCUAUACGAGCUUCUCCUGCUCCACGCACCAUAUCGACCUAUUGAGGCAUACGCGCUCGCAGGGAAGUACAGUCUUGAGGAACCGGCAGUCGCGAUCUCGGCGCAUCUCCUCGCGUACGACCUUUCCACCCUCUCCGACGAUCUGGCCAUCAAAAUAGGUCCGGUCUACCUCCGUCGUCUUAUGGGCCUCCACCGCGACCGAACGAACGCCCUGAAGGCCAUCGUCCUGAGGCCUCUCGAACACCACACACCGACUCUCAUGUGUGGUGAGGCUUCACAGGCACAGCUGACACAGGCAUGGGCGUAUGCUGCCGCGGAGUUGGCAUGGGACACGCUACCAGGCCUAUCUACUAAUACGCUGCAAACAACGUUCGAGAAGGCGGCGACCCAGAUUACCUGUUUGGAGUGCCAGGCGUUACUGCACGCACGAAUCCGGGAGGUCUGCCAGCAGUGGUUUGCGGUAAAGAGGACAAUCUGA